AUGCUCGACCCCGAUUCACAGGAGCAAAGGCCUAUUGAGCAGAUCUUCGACAUCCUCACCUCUUUCCCCUCCGACGCGCUCGAGUACGUCGAUGAAUCCCUCCCCGCUCCGCGGCGGAACCAGCGUGCGACCAUGGCGCAGAUGGCGCAGCGCUUCGCCCGCACACACACGGAGCCGAUGGGUGUGCGGUUCCCGUUGAACUUCCCGGACAUCCCGACGCGCGCGCCCGACAACGGCGUGCCGUCCUUCCUCUCCUCCACGAGCUGCACGCUUCUACAGGACCUGCUGCGUGCACAGCUAGACGUCGACGAGGCACGCAUCUGCACCUGCGCAGCUCCGCCUCCUCCAAGAUGCGGCCACGCGAUCUCGAAGCGGCAGUUCGCGGCGCUGACGACGGCGUGGAUCUACUGGCAGGGCGGCACGACGAUGUUGUCCGAAGCCGGAACCGUGACAGCGCCGCAUUGGGACCAAUACGGCCUCUCCACCUGGAUCAGCUGUCUCGAAGGGGAAAUCGGCCUCGCAUGGCUCGUGCGUCCGAAGAACCCGGAAGAACACAUGCGGUGGUUGAGCGACCCGGGGAGGCCGACCGCGCGCUGGGCGUUCAAGGUGCUGCGGCCCGGGGACGCGCUGUACAUGCCUUCCGGCACCGUGCACUUUGUCUUCCGGCGGCCGAGCGGGGGCCAGACGUUGGGGUAUUCUGAGCAUCUGGUGCGGAGGCGGCAUUUGGUGGGGUGGUUGAGGGUGGUGGGGUUGACGCUUGGGAGGGAGGAUGUGGAUCUGGAGGGGUAUGGGUUGGUGCUGCCGCCGCUGAUGCGGCAGGUGAGGGUGUUGGUGAAGGCGGUCAAGGCGCAGGGGUUGGAGGAGAUGUAUGGGGGGAAGGAGAGGUUGGGGGAGGCGUUGAAGCUGGUUGGGCAGGUGGAAAAGGCCAUCAAGAGUGUUUUUGCGUCAUGGCGGAGUCUGCCCUCGCAUUUCCUUCACGCGAUCAGCUUGGCUUAG